AGAGAGAGAGAGAGAGAGCGAGAGAAAGACAGACUGGACCAUCUGACAGCUAGAAUCGAGCGGUUUGUGGAAGCGCAGCGGCGGGAGAGAGCAUCUCUGCUCUGACAGGCGAGUGAGAGUCGGCAGAGAGAGAGCUCGGUGAUAAACAGGUGCUCGGCUUCCAGGAUGCGCUGAGGACACGGAGAUCCAGCCCGUGGAUUGCGAUCGCUGCUGUUUCACCCCUCGGACGUUUUUUAGGGCCAUGGAUUCUCCCAUCAGUGACUCCGACGCUCAGGAGAACAACUACCUAAAGUUCCCGAAAACUGAGCCGACCGAGAAGAUGUGGAUGCGGCUGAGAGGAAUGCAGAAGUACAAAAACACGUCUCAGAGGUUGAGGUGUCUGCUGAAACAGCUGGAGAGGGGGGAGGUCAACGUCCUGGACCUGAAGAAAGACAUUGAAUAUGCAGCCUCCGUCCUGGAGGCCGUCUAUAUCGAUGAGACCAGGCGUCUGCUGGAUGCGGAGGACGAGCUGAGUGACAUCCAGACGGACACGGUGCCCAUGGAGGUGCGCGAUUGGCUGGCCUCCACCUUCACCAGGAAGAUGGUGAUGAUGCGGAGGCGGCCGGAGGAGAAGCCGCGGUUCCGCAGCAUCGUCCACGCCGUGCAGGCCGGUAUCUUCGUGGAGAGGAUGUACAGACGGACGUCUAACAUGGCUGGCCUGACGUAUCCUCCAGCCGUGAUAUCUGCAUUGAAGGAUGUUGACAAGUGGUCCUUUGAUGUGUUCGCGCUGCACGCGGCCAGCAGUGAGCACUCUCUGAAGUUCCUGGUCUAUGAUCUCCUCACCCGAUACGACCUGAUCAGCCGCUUCAAGAUCCCCGUCUCCUCCCUGGUGUCCUUCGUGGAGGCGCUGGAGGUGGGCUACAGCAAGCACAGGAACCCCUACCACAACCUGACCCACGCCGCCGACGUCACCCAGACCGCUCACUACCUAAUGCUCCACACCGGCAUCAUGCACUGGCUCACUGAGCUGGAAAUACUAGCCAUGGUGGUUGCUGCUGCUAUCCAUGACUUCGAACACACAGGGACCACCAACAACUUCCACAUUCAGACCAGGUCAGAAGUGGCCAUUCUGUACAACGACCGCUCCGUGCUGGAGAAUCACCAUGUGAGCGCUGCCUACAGGCUUAUGCAAGAGGAGGACAUGAACAUCCUGGUGAACCUGUCGAAAGAUGACUGGCGGGAGCUGCGUGCCUUGGUCAUUGAGAUGGUCAUGAGCACGGACAUGUCCUGCCACUUCCAGCAGAUAAAGACCAUGAGGAGCGCUCUGCAGCAGCCUGAUGGAAUAGACAAGGCUAAAGCGCUAUCUCUGAUGCUGCACGCAGCCGACAUCAGCCACCCCGCCAAGUCCUGGAGGCUGCACUACCGCUGGACCCAGGCGCUGAUGGAGGAGUUCUUCAGACAGGGUGACAAGGAGGCAGCGCUGGGGCUGCCGUUUUCUCCUCUGUGUGAUCGCAAGGCCACCAUGAUCGCCCAAUCGCAGAUAGGGUUCAUUGACUUCAUUGUAGAGCCCACAUUCUCUGUAAUGAUUGAUUCAACGGAGAAGAUCAUUUCUCCUCUUGUAGAGGAAGCUAUAAAAUCAGGGGACACUGGUAUCCGGAGAUCCAGCUUGACUGGCGGGACGGGGACGGUGGUGGAGUCGGUUCAGAGACACAGCGGCCGGGGGUCGACGGAUGACCAAGGGGCUUCCACAGACUACUCCCUCCCCAGCAUCAACCUGAAGCAGGUCCGCCACAUGCUGGCCGAAGUCAUCCAGCACAACAAGGAGCGCUGGAAGGAGCUGGCUGUGCAAGAGCUGGCGAGUAAGGAAGCAUAUCUGUCCUCGGGCGCAGAGGGGCCUCUGACAGACAGCAUGUGCGAGGUCGCCGAGGAGACGGGAGUCACGCGGACACGCGUACAGACGGGGAACGAGUCGGAGUCCAACUCCGACAAUGAACUGAACAACAUAAACUCCAGUGACUCUUCCCAGAAGUCCCUGGGGCAGGGCUCCCUGUCCCCGCCUGUGGAGGAGGGGUCAGACUCUCUGCUGCCCAGCGCAAACAUGCAGACGCUCAGAUCUGAGCACUUCCCUUGGAACGGAGAGGGACCGGAGCCAGCCAUUGACGAUGACACGCACCGCUCCUGAUCCCCACUGCCUCAACUUCGCUUCCCAGAUACUAUUUUUCUUUGUUUUAUAUUUUUUUUCAGUCUACUGUAUUGUAAUUUAUUAAAGUUGGGGUCCAGUUCCC